AUGUCGACAUUGCUGUUGUGGCUGGUGACGGCUUUGGUGGCGUUAGUUCAAGCGACUGCUGCUCCACUCCAGGUUCUCGAGAAUGGGACGACGUAUUGGCCCUCUCUUCGUUUUCACUUCACAGUCAAGCGUAGCUCCAUGAAGGUCCACGGUAAGGCAGAAUUUACCGUUCUCGCGAACCCUGUUGUCCUUCACGACGACACCACCAGCGUGCUCUAUGAUACUGUUGCAACCUUCACGGAAGACUCGACAAUCUUCAACUAUACUAUGGUUAAUGGCGUCUCCUACCUUACGCGAAGUUAUAUUGACGAUAGCAACGCCACUUCCGUACAAUGCUAUGAAUCAGGCAUCUUACCGUCAAUAAACUCCAUCAUUGCUGGACUGACUGAAGCUUCACCUGUAUCCAGUAUAUCGACGAGUUUUGGCAGUUUUGUCGAAUGUUCCAGUAAGGAUCAAUUCGAGGUUUCAGUCAAUGGUGUCCCUUUUGGACUGUGCUACGAGGGCUAUUCCGGGUUUACGAUGUACGGCGCCGAUAUGGACAUUAACGUGGAAUACUUGAGUAGCAGUGACGAGAUUCAUACUCCAGUUCUUGACGAGAAUUCUGUCAAAUGUGAUGCAUUGGCAACGUCAUACUCUGUGACUUCAUUGGGAAAGUCACUACUGACAGGUCAGCCGAUUCCUAUUGAAAGUGCGAGAAUGUUGAAGGCAGAGUUCGGUUUUUCGUUGGAUACCUCUCCAUGCUCAUGCAAGUCGACACCUCGUCCGUGUAUUUUCAUUCACGGCCAAGGUAUUAAACAGGAGAUGGCAGAAAACCAGGACUCGUUCCCGACGAGAUACUGGGGGAAUAUGACGGAUCACGCGCCGUGCUGCACGACGAUAAAAUUCGCUGUGCUCAACACAGUGAACAACUCGUGGACUGACGAUAUUCAACAGCAGAAGGUGUGCGAUCGAGCUCUCGCAGUUAGUGACACGAGUAUCAAAUCGAGAAUUUCCGACACCAUCAUUAUUACGCACUCAAUGGGAGCUCUGAUGCUCGGCGGCGCAAUCGCGUCGGGAAAGUGUAGUCUUACCCCAAGCACUACAUGGAUCAGUACUGGUGCUCCAAUGAGAGGAAGUAUGGGCUCGGAUUAUCUUCAAGGUUCUUGCGAAGGCGAAACCAAUCGGGUUAUGGAGAAGGUGGCAAAUAUCACUGGACGAUGUCCCGUCAGCACUGCGAUCCGUUCUCUCGCGUACGAGGACGGUGACUAUGCAUCGGUAAAGUUAAACAGAGCGUACAAGGAGGCACAGGAGGUUUAUCGGACUCAUGUAAAAGCAGCAAUGUGCAGCUACAAGCACAGUGGAUUGAUCUCUAACUACCAGUGGCAAUUCUGGCUGCUAGGCAAGGUGGUUCCUCACAAAUCUCCUCAAAACGAUGGCAUGGUGGAGUUCCACAGUUGCGCUGGAGGCUUUCCGGAAUCCAAGUUUGGGAACAAUUAUCGAGACCAAUUCUACGUGACGAAACUCAACCAUUUCGACGUGGCAUUUCAGAGCGGCGAUGCACUUUUGGAUGAAGCGAAGAUGCCAAUGAAAUGGUUCGAAUGUCUUCUGUAG